AUGCAAGCUCUGCAGAGCUCUUUACCAAGGCUCUUGUCCCGCCAUAAACGACUUACCAACUCAUCAGUACUCUUGACUCACCUGUCGACAUGUUUAUCCUUGAGACAACGGCGAGAGAAGCACCCCGAGUUACUUUACCCUGCCGCUCCAUCAACAAAUCACCAUGACAUUGCAUCCUUUCUCGCAUACGCAAAUCGAACAGGACUCGACGUAGCAUCGACUGUCUACGUCGGAACACAUUAUGAGUACACAGUCUCCUCGACACUCGCCCAAUACGGCAUCCAUGCCGUCCGGGUAGGCGGAGUAUCCGACCAAGGCAUCGACCUCCUUGGCACUUGGAAACUUCCCUCUCAGACGGAUAAUAUGAAGGUCAUUCUUCAGUGUAAAGCAGGUGCCCAACGCGUCGGCCCUUCGCAGGUCAGGGAACUGGAAGGUUCUUUCGUCGGCGCCCCUGUGGGCUGGCGUGGUGAAGGAGUCAUUGCCUUCUUGGUCAGCGAGAAGCCGGCGAGCAAGGGCGUGCGGGAGUCUCUGGGACGAAGCCGCUGGCCCAUGGGCUUCAUCUCGUGUUCCAGGGAAGGGGCGGUGCAGCAGAUGCUCUGGAACCAGCGGGCGGAUGAGGAAGGCUUGAGAGGGGUCGGCGUCACCAUGCGCCAUGUUGAGGACGGAAAGGGCGAGUCGCAGAUUGUCUUGACACACAAUGGAAAGCGAAUCCUCAACUGCCCAAAGGCGGAAGUUUCUGAGGGAAACUGA